AUGAUUCUUUACGAUACCUAUCGACGCCCCGUUAGGCGGAGUAUCGUGGCUCCGCCCGCUGAUAAAUUUCCCCUAGGUUUUGGAGGCGGGGUCGAAAUGAAUAAGGUGCUGAGACCAAUGACUAUGAGAAUCGGAAAACAAGAGAAUGGGUUAGAAUUUAGUCCAGACGAUAGUUUAUUUAAGAAACUAGCACUACCUUGUGAAAGCCCUGCUGGAUUAACAGAAUUGAACAAACAUUUGGAAAAUGAGGAAAACUUCAAAAUUGCUGUCACUGAAAUUUUCCAAAUAGGUGGAAAAGACAGCUAUGAUUUUGUUAGAAGGGCGAUGAGUCGAAUAAUAACAAAUGGAUUAGCUGCACAAUAUAGUUGUUUAGGGAGAAGAAACAAGUGCAGCUUUUAUACCUCAAAAGUAGACAAACUAGUAAUUGAGGCAGCCCUUCGACUCGAGAAGGGCGAUCAGAAAACAAUUGAAUCUAAUAUUUCGGCAUGGCUGCGAAGAUCGACAGAGCGUCUAAAAUUUAUACAAAAGAGAGGUACUGAUGACAAUUGAUGUAGGUUUUUAUUUUACAUUUACAUUUUUAAAAUUUAAAGUUUUUUUAGUUUUGUAAAAAAAUAUUUAUUGAUAAAGGUCUAAAUAUUAUUGCUUCUAUUUUUCCAAAUUUGAUUGAGUACUGUUAUCAAUAAUCAAAUUUUGAAAAAACUGGCCAGGUAGCAGCACAUAAUAAUUAACCUUAUCAAAC